CCGGGCUCCGCGGGUCGGAUGUGCCGCGGGAAGGGGGAUGAAGCUUGAGCUCCGCGCGUUUGGUGCGGGGCACGGGUCGAUCCCCGCAUGCCGCUGCCUGCGUCGCCGCAGCUCCGCCCGCCUCUGCACCGAGUCCGUGCCUUGGGCCGCCAGCCCGUACGCGCCCUCAUGAACCUUCGGGAACUCGUUUCUGCCCUGAAAGACUUCGCAAACCCCGCUCUGGCUGAAAGCUGGGACAAUGUGGGAUUGCUGGUGGAACCAAGUCCUCCCCACACCGUGAACACCCUCUUCCUCACUAACGACCUCACUGAGGAGGUGAUGGAAGAGGCUGUGCAGAAGAAAGCAGACCUCGUUCUUUCUUACCACCCUCCUAUAUUCACACCUCUCAAGCGAGUGACAUGGAAAACCUGGAAGGAACGGCUGGUGGUCCGAGCCCUGGAGAACAGAAUCGGGAUUUAUUCUCCUCAUACGGCUUUCGAUGCCAUACCUCACGGAGUUAAUAACUGGCUAACAAAGGGACUCGGUGCCUGUACUUCUGUCCCACUGCAUCUAUCAACCGCGCUGAGCUCUCCAACUGAGGGCACUCACCGGGUUGAGUUCUGUGUAGAUGCUGAGCAUCUGGAUGCAGUGCUGUCCAAAAUCAAAGACAUCCCAGAGAUCUCUUGUCUCACUACUCUUCCAGCUAGGGUUGAAGGUGAGGAGCAAACACGAGUCAGUUUGAACUGCUCUCAGAAAGCACUGCUGGAGGUGGUGGCAUUAUUGUCCCAGAACAGCCUUCUUUAUCACAAGACUGAGAUUCUCUUACUACAAAAGCCUCUUCUUCCCCGUACUGGAAUGGGACGCCUGUGCACCCUGAGCGAGCCGGUCUCCUUGUCAGACAUAAUCGAGCGUAUCAAAGGUCACCUGCAGCUCCCCCACGUCCGCGUAGCCGUGGGAGCAGGCAGGACACUCGAAUCACCAGUGAAGAAAGCUGCUCUGUGUGCUGGUUCAGGGAGCAGUGUCCUGAAGGGAACAGAAGCUGACCUCUAUCUCACAGGAGAGAUGUCCCACCAUGACGUGCUGGAUGCAGUUGCCAAUGGGAUAAGUGUUAUUCUGUGUGAGCACAGUAACACUGAGCGAGGCUUCCUGUCAGAGCUGCGUGACACACUCACCAUUCACCUACAGAACAAAAUCAACAUCAUUGUGUCUGAGAAAGACAGAGAUCCUCUCCAGGUGGCAUAGGGGGAGGAAAUUGGAGAGAGAAAAUUAGUGUUAUCUUGCACAGACCUAUCCAACUGCAGAGCUUAAUGAAGGUGCUUUCAAUUGGUCCAGUACAGAAUGAUUGUACCGUAUGGUCCUUCAGAGUAUGAGGUAUAUUUUGUCAUGUCAGAAAAUAAAUGUUUGUUUCAGAAUGCCAAA